AUGUAUUCCAUUUUGCAAAAACUGGGUGCCUUCAGUUCCAUUUGGACAACGGCAACAAAAAAAAUUGCAAAAGUGAAAUCAGACGCCUUCGCCAAGGAAAUCGGAAGCAUCUAUGAAUGCUUCGAUUCCUUGGUGGUCCAAAUUGCUCAGGUCCACCCUGAGCGAAUUUUCACAUUCACAAUGUGGACUUCAAGGAACCGAAGGCGUGCUCGCUGA